CAAUUCUUCUAACUCAAAUUUGUUUGACGCCCUCGACUAACAAAAACUCAUUUUACAGAAUGUACUCAACGAAACUUUGAGACUCUAUCGGUCAAUUCCUUUCAAUGUACGUGUUGCUCUACGCGAUACGUGGUGGAGGAGACUCGGGUUUACUCCCAGUGGGCGUCUUAAAAGACACCCUCAUCGGAUACUCGACACUAGCACUUCAUCGGAGGGAUGUCAACUCUUUGGAAUUCUCUCCUGAGAGAUGGUCUGAGAAGCUACCCGUGCCGUGGACAUACAUCCCCUUCAACGGCGGUCCGAGAACUUGUAUCGGACAACAAUUUGCGUUGGCAGAAAUGGGCUACACUGUUACCGGAAUGCUCCAAUACUUCGAUAAAGUGGAGAACCUCAUGUCCGACAAGGAGCACCAUUCUUCAUGUGCAAGUAUGAAGGCAGAAAUAGUGCUGCAGCCUGCAAAAGGUGUCUACAUAGGAUUGUGGCAUUCGUAGAAUUUGGGGUGCUCAUGCUCAGCGAUGCUCGAUCGACAGAGAUAGCUCAACUAUUCCCAAGGCAGAUGGACAGGUAGAGAAAGUACAUUAUAGUCUGAAUGACAGUUAUGUAAUCUCAUCAAUGUCACGAUAGCUAGACUUCAGGAGGUAUGAGGGUUUGCUCUGGUGCCAAUGAUCGAUUGGUGGAAGGGCGUUCGAAAGUUUAGUAUUAGACUAAAUUACUGGUGUGAAGGCGUGCUAAUGUGGGUUGAAAACAUUAGGGUUGCUCUAUAGGUCAUCGCUGAGAUUCGCAAGCGAGG